AUGGAUUGGAGUCUGAGGGACUCUGCCGAGCAAAGAAACAUUGAUAGGAGUGUGAGAGAUGCUGCUGAGCAAGGAAACAUUGAUGCCUUGUACGUAUUGAUAGAGAAGGAUGCACAUGUUUUGGAUAGGGUCGAUAAGAUUCCAUUUCUUGACACUCCUUUACACAUAGCUGUAUCUGCCGGGCACAUCCCUUUCGUCAGGGAGAUCAUGGGCUUAAAGCCCUCGUUUGCUAGGAAGCUUAACCAAUAUGGCUUAACCCCUCUUCACAUUGCUUUGCAAAACCAUGCUUUUAAUUUUGAAAAAGAUUACAUCUUGCAAAGAAAACAAGCCAUAUUGGUUGACCGACUACUUGAUUUUGAUAAGGACUUUGUCCGUGUCCGAGGAAGGGAGGGUGUGACUCCUUUGCAUUACGUAAUUCGAAAAGGAGACCUCUCUUUUUUGAAGAAAUUUUUAGAAGCUUGCCCCGAGUCUCUUGAAGAUGUGACAAUUCGAGGAGAGAAUGCCUUGCAUAUAGCCCUGAAAUAUGACAUGAUUGAUGUUUUUUGGUACCUAGUACAAUGGCUUGGGCGGGCUUGUUUUAAAGAUGCCAAAUUGUUGCAAGAGAAACUGCUUGAUGGGCGGGAUGACGACGGCAACACUCUUUUGCACGUUGCAGUAUCCAGAAAUCAACCUGAGGUAGUGUCGUGGUUAUUGGAUCGUGAACCACUAGUGUGGAGGUUACUGGAUGUUGGAUCAGUAGUUCAUAUAAAGAAUUUAGAGGGUCAUACGGUGCUUGGCAUCUUGGAACUCCAAAGCCAACAAACACAGGUGGACAACCAACGGAUUGGAAAGAUUCUACGACAACAUUGUGUGAGGCGUUUAACAACUAGACUUGAACAUUAUUUAAGAUCUUUUAUAACAAUAUUUGUGAAGUUUUACGUAGGAAUACGUCGCCGGCAAACAGUUAUAACAGAGGAGAGGCGGAAUGCGCUGUUGGUCGUUGCUGGCCUGCUAAUAACGGUCACUUACCCGGUAGCACUCAGCGCUGAUCAACCCAAUGAGUUCAACUGCAGAUCCCCCGAGUCCGAUCAACGCUACCGGUUCGGGUCACUUCAACUGCACAGCCCGGUUCAACCCUGACAGUGAAUCUCGAGACAAAUUUGUGGGAGUCUUUUACGGAAUAAACACUGCCGUCUUUUACCUGACAAACGUUACACUUUUCUUCCUCGUCCCUCCCAAUUUUAUUGGA